AUGCGCGCUGAGCGCCUGCGGUUGCCCUCACGCCUCUGGUUGAUGUGCAUGCGCACUACCGAGUUGCGGGCCCUCUGGGAGCCUGGGCUUCACUUCCCUCCAGAUGUACAGCCUGAGACAACAGAAGAAGAUAGUGUCUUGCUGAUGCAUACCCUCUUGUCAUCAACCAAGGACCUACUAGCUAUGGACCCACCAGUUGCCAACCGGCCUAAGAAAAGCAAGACCAAGAAGGCCCCUAUUAAGGCUAUCACUAAGACAGUACGCACUGCCCCUCCAGUUCCAUCUGCCAAUGUGAUUACCACCAACAAGCCUAAAAUAACUUUUCUGGCUUUAAACCUGCCAAUCAUCCCCCAGAUCAACCAGGCUUCAGCUACCACUGAGGUAGCCAAUACUCAGGCUUCUUCAUUCACUGCUCAGCCUAAGAAAGCCAACAAGACAAAGAAAGUUACUGCUAAGGCAGCCCGAGGCUCCCAAUUUCCAACUGGCAGUGAGAGUGUUACUACACAGAUCAAGUUACCCUUGUAGGCCCUAAAUGUGCCAGUCAUCCCACAGACUAUCCAGGCUCCGAUUGCCACUGAGUCAGCCAAUUCUCAAGCCUUGUUAGCCUCCAUCAAGCCUAAGAAAGCUCACAAGGCUAAGAAGGCUAACAAUAAGGCCAUAACUAGUGCCACUGAGAUCUCACUGACUCCAUCCACCACCUACUCAGCUACCAUCCAAGGCCAAAUUACCUCCAUCCGAACUAAGAAAACCUCCAAAGCCAAGAAAGCAACUGUUAAGGACACAAAUACUGACACUGAACUCCUAGAGACCCCAGAUGCCACUGAGACAGCUACCAGGCAGAUUGAGGCCUCAGCAGCAGCUAUCUGGCCCAAAAAAUCCAAAGUCAAGAAGGCUGCCUAUAAGGGCCCAAAUUCUGCCUGUGAGCUCUCUGAGGCCCCACCUGCCGGUCAAAUGGUCACAAAACAAGCCCUAGCAGCCACCCUCCGGGUCAAGAGAAGGUACAGGGCUCAGAAGGUUGCCACUAAAGCCCGGACAACUGAAAGCCAGACUCAAAUUGACAAAGGGGCCCAGGCCAAGAUGACUACCCCUCAGAUCAAUAUAAGUGCCCUUGAGACUCAGGUUGUUGCUGCUGUCCAGGCCCUGGCAGAUGACUACCUGGCUCAGUUGAGUCUGGAGCCAACAACCAGGACCCGGGGCAAGAGGAACCGAAAGUCCAAGCAUCUGAACGGGGAUGAGAAAGGUGGUGGUAAUUAUAGGUGGAUUCCAUGGGGCCGGAGGCCUCCGCUAUCCUGAGAUGUGGCCAUUUUGCAAGAAAGGGCAAAUAAGUUUAUGAAAUACCUGUUGGUUAAGGACCAGACAAAGAUCCCCAUCAAGCGCUCAGACAUGCUGAAGGAUGUCAUCUAAGAAUAUGAUGAAUAUUUCCCAGAGAUCAUUGAACGAGCAAGCUAUGCUCUGGAGAAGAUGUUUCGAGUCAAUCUGAAGGAAAUUGAUAAACAAAGUAGCUUGUAUAUUCUCAUCAGCAUUCAGGAAUCCUCUGCAGGCAUCCUGGGAACGACCAAGGACACACCCAAAAUAGAUCUUCUCAUGGUGAUUCUGAGUGUCAUUUUUAUGAAUGGCAACAAGGCCAAUGAGGCUGUCAUCUGGGAGUUGCUGCCCAAGUUGGGGCUGCACCCUGGGGUAAGGCACUCGCUCUUUGGGGAAGUGAGGAAGCUCAUCACAGAUGAGUUUGUGAAGCAGAAGUACCUGGAAUACAAGAGGGUCCCCAACAGCAGACCACCUGAAUAUGAGUUCUUCUGGGGCUUGUGCUCCUACCAUGAGACUAGCAAGAUGAAAGUUCUCAAGUUUGCAUGCAAGGUGCAGAAGAAAGACCCCAAGGACUGGGCCGUGCAGUACCGGGAGGCAGUGGAGAUGGAAGUCCAAGCUGCAGCUGUGGCUGUAGCUGAGGCUGAGGCCAGGGCUGAGGCAAGAGCCCAAAUGGGGAUUGGAGAGGAAGCUGUGGCUGGGCCCUGGAAUUGGGAUGACAUGGAUAUCAACUGCCUAACAAGAGAAGAGUUAGGUAAUGAUGCUCAGGCCUGGGGCAGAUUUUCACUUGAAAUUGAGGCCAGAGCCCAAGAAAAUGCAAAUGCCAGCACCAACAUUGACUUCAGCAGAGGAUCUAGCACCAGGGCUAGCUAUAGCGAUGGUGCUAGUACUAGCUUCAGUGGUGUCCCCAGCCCCAGUAAUGUCUUUGGUGACAGGGCUGGCAUUAGCUUUGGUGGCACAUGCAGCACCAGUGCCAGCUUCAGCAGUGUAGCCAGCAUUAGCUUUGGUGGACCUUGCACCAGUACCAACUUCAGUGGUGGGGUCAGCUCUAGUUUCAGUGGCCCACUCAACACCAGUACAAGUUUCAGUGGUGGAGCCAGCUCUGGUUUUGGAGGCAUACUCAGUACCCCUGCUGGCUUCAGUGAUGCACUCAGUAUGAGCACCAGCUUUGGCAGUACACUCGGCACCAGUGCAGUCUUUAGUGGUGCACUUAGCACCAGCACUGGCUUUGGUGGCACACUCAGCACUAGUGUCUACUUUGGUGGCUCUCCCAGUUCCAGUGCCAGAUUUGGUGGCAAACUCAGUACCAGUAUCUGCUUUGGUGGCUUUCCUAGCACCAGCACUGGUUUUGAUGGUGUACUCAGUACCAGUGCUGGUUUAGCUGGUGUACCAUCUUUCAGCAAUAGCACUGACUUUGGUGGUACACCAAGCACCAGCUUCUGCUUUGGUGAUUCUCCCAGCACUAGUGCCAGCUUUGGUGGUACACUCAGCACCAGUCUUGGCUUAGGUGGUGCACUCAACACCAGUGCUGGUUUUAGCAGUGCUGUCAGCAUUAGCAUUGCCUUCAACAGUGCACCCAGUGCCAACUCUGGCUUUGGCAGUGUGUUCAGCACCAGUACUGACUUCAGUGGGGCACCUAACACCACUACUGACUUUGGCAGUGCUCCCAGUACCAGCAUUAGCUUUGGUGGAGCCCCCAGCACCAGAUUCUGCUUUGGCAGUGUGUCUAACACCAACCUAUGUUUUGGUGGCCCUCCUAGUACAAGCACCUGCUUUAGUGGUCCUACCAGUGCCAGUUUUGGUGAUGGACUCAGCACCAGUGCUGGUUUCAGCUUUUGUGAUGGGUUAAGCACCAGCACUGGAUUUGGUGGUGGACUGAGCACCAACUCUGGCUUUGGUGGUGGACUGAUCUCCAGUGAUAUCUUUGGUGGUGGGCUGGGCACCAAUGCUGGUUUUGGCAGCACACUUGGCACCAGUGCUGACUUUAGUAGUGGCCUCAGCAUCAGUGAUGGCUUUGGCGGUGGGCCUAAUACCAGCUUCGAUGGAAGACUGAGCACCAUCAUUGGCUUUGCCAGUGGUUCCAACACCAGCACUGGCUUUAUUGGUAGACCCACUUCCAUUGUUGGCUUUGGCAGUGGACUGAGCACCGAUGCUGACUUCAACGGUGGACCAAGCAGUAGUGCUGGCUAUGGCAGUGGACCGAGCAAUGCUGCUGGCUUUAGUGGUGGAGCCACCAGCCUUGGUGCCUGUAGCUUCUCCUAUGGCUAGUGAGGUUUCAGGUAAUUACAACAUUUCCACAGCCAAGGCCGAUGGGGAUGGGUAUAAGAGCUGGGAGAUGUUAUAAGAAACCCCAAGGUGGGAGGGCAGGGUGGGGAGAUGAGCACAAUGAAGGAAGUAUGAGAAAAUAGUACAUUUGGUGCUAAAAUGUGUUUCUGUUUGGUGUUUUGUUUUCAGAUUUAUAUCGCAUGUUUACAGAUACCGCUAAUGAAUUGCAGCAGUCCUUCCCAUGGAGCCAAGGUACAUCCUUGGAAUCUUUGUCCACGUAGCAAUCUAAGCAGAUAUUACCAAUCAGCUGAGGGUGACAUACUAUGAAAAAAUCUGUUUGCCAAUCCUGCUUUGUUGUUUGCUUUCUGUGUCUUGUCAUAUUUGAUAUGAGUUACAUUAAAUUUGAAAAAUGAAUUGCAGUUUGUCCUGUCUUUUAAUGUGCCUAAGUUGUUGUGAGUGACAUUUUGGGUUCAUAUAAGAGAGAUAAGCAUAGCUCUUUGGGGAAGGUGGGCUCCAGCUUUAGGCUAAAAGGCAAGUAUGACUUCAGUGGGGUAGAGAUGUGGGGAAAGCAUAGCAGGCAAGCGGAUAAUACCUUAAGUCAAGAUCUAGAAGGAGAAAGCCUGGAACAGAAGGCAAAGGGAGAGGGUUCUGGAGAGUAAGUAUAGAUUCAUUUUGAGAUAUUUGUGUAAGAAUGGGAGGGAUAUAGAGGGACGUAACUAAAGGUGGACAUGGGAACAAGGGAGGACUUUUUUGGGAUAGGAGAGAGACCUGAACAUGUUGCAUAGACAGUGGGGGCAAAAGCCAAUAGAGAAGGACAGGAUAUAGAUAUGGAAUAGUCAGGAACUGACAGAAUCAACCCAUCCUUGGGGAGGUGGGAUGGAUAGAAUACCAGAGAAUAGAGGGUGACCCUGACUUUGAACAGGAUUUAAGGGUGGCUCUAGAAGGAGAUAAAUGUAGAUUUGCUUCAAGCAGUGAUCCCAAUAAAAAAAGUGAUGUGGAUCAUACAAGGUUUGUGUCUUGCUGGUGGUUGUGAUGGAAGGACAAACAAAGUCAGGGGGUGUAUGCAUCUGUCUCUUCGCAACUGGGUUGCUGCUAUCUGCCCACAGUAGCUGCAUGGAGAUUGGCUGAAGAAAUAGAAUGUAGGAUGCAAGCUGGCCAGGUAUGGAAGAACAGUGAAGAGGAAGAGGACUGGUGGAUUGGGAGAUAAUGGAGGAAUCAAAGGACUAUACUCUUGAUGCAGUACAAGAACAAGUAUUGUUCAUUCAAGAAAUACUACAUACAUGCCUGCUGUGUGGGAGGCAUGCUGCUAGGGAUCCUGUGGAUGACACAGAGUUUUAAGGACCAGGGGGCCAGUGGUCAGAUAGUGGGAUGCUUGUAUUUAAGAAGUCAGACUGUAGAGAAGUCUAGAUGAUGCCAACCAAGCAGUGAGUGGCUGAAGGGAAGAUGCUCACUGAAGUUGAGGGGGCAGGACACUAGGAGACCAGGGUAUUGUCUGAAUCAUUUAUAUGGACAGUGAAAUAACUCAGGAUGGCAACAAGAGUUGGAGAAGGAAGGAGAACUGUGGUCUGAGUGCAGAUUCUUCUUUGAAUGUAGGGAUGAAGGUGUCAUGUUCCCAGCCAUGUUGCCCACGAAGAAACAAGGCCAUAAGCACUCACAUGAACCUAUCUCCACCCUCACAUUUGGAGGUACUACUCCAAAGUCCUUCUUUCCAGGUAGUUCUCACCCAGUCCAUACCCCAACA